UUAUUAUUAUUAUAAUUACACUUCAUCAUCGUCGUCAUCAUCAUCUUCUUCUUCUUCUUCUUCGGAAGUAGAAAGGGAUCGAGCUAGGGUUUGGGAGAUGGGGAAGAUGACGUUCAUUGCGAUGAAGACGGAUGAGAUCGGCGGCGGCGGCGGCGGCGGUUUCGAAUCAGAUCUAAAGGAGCUCGGCGCCGCCGCACGGAGGCUCGUCCACCAUGCCUUACGCCACGGUAGCGGCGUCGGAUUCGCCACGACCUUCCUCAAAUUCCUCGCUUCGUGCGCCGCUAUAUAUUUGUUGAUAUUGGAUCGGACAAACUGGAGGACCAAGAUGCAAACUUCGCUUCUCAUUCCCUACAUUUUCUUAAGCCUCCCUUCUGUACUUUUCUAUUUUCUGAGAGGAGAGGUCGGAAAAUGGAUUGCUUUUGUCGCAGUCGUGCUGCGGCUCUUCUUUCCUCGACACUUCCCUGAUUGGCUGGAGAUGCCUGGAUCUUUACUCAUCCUUCUGGUGGUUGCUCCUGGUUUCUUGGCGGAUACCGUUCGGUGUAGCAUAGUCGGCGUCAUGAUAUGCUUAUUCAUCGGCUGCUACCUUCUUCAGGAGCACAUUCGUGCGUCGGGUGGAUUCAGGAACGCGCUCACCAAGAGCCACGGCAUAUCGAACACCCUCGGCAUCGUUCUUCUCUUGGCUUAUCCUACCUGGUUCUUGGUGCUUUAUUUUCUCUAGGCACUUUUCAUUCCGAAUUCUCCCACAUGUACAUUUUUUUUUUCCCCUUUUUUGGGCUUGUGAUUGUGAAUGUUUUGUUGGUUCAGAUUUUACAUAUAUGACUCGAUUUCUUGUUGUUUUAUGUUCUGUACGUAAACAGUGGGGGAAAAGUUUAAGUGUGCUGCUGUGAAAAAGCUACUGAAA